AUGCAAAACACUGACGGAAUACCAACAACAGAACAAAUUGAAUUAUAUGUUCCAAGAAAAUGUGCUGCAAGUAAUAAAAUAAUUGCAGCUAAAGAUCAUGCUGCUAUUCAAUUGGAUAUUGCUGAAGUCGAUGAACAAACAGGACGUAUAACUGGUAAAAAUCGUACAUAUGCAAUAUGUGGUUCAAUUCGAAUGAUGGGUGAAGCUGAUGAUUCACUUUUACGAUUGGCUGGAAGAGAUGGUUUUAUUGGAAAAGGAUAUUCUACUAAAGACACAAAAUAA